AUGGCAACCUCAAACUCCAGCAGUGCCCUGUCCUCCACCUUCUAUCUCACAGGGAUCCCUGGCUAUGAACAAUUUCACCACUGGAUUUCCAUCCCUUUCUGUCUCCUCUACUUUGUUGGAAUAACAGGCAACUGCUCCAUCUUGCACAUUGUGCGGACAGACCCCAGGCUCCAUGAGCCCAUGUAUUACUUCCUGGCCAUGCUAUCCCUCACUGACAUGGCCAUGUCCCUGCCUGCAAUGAUAUCACUUUUCAGGGUGCUGUGGUCCAUUUCCAGGGAGAUCCAGUUCAAUGCCUGUGUGGUCCAAAUGUUUUUGAUCCACACUUUCUCCUUCACUGAAUCCUCUGUGCUCUUGGCCAUGGCCCUUGACCGAUACGUGGCUAUCUGCCACCCUCUGCGAUACGCUACCAUUCUCACCCCGAAACUUAUUGCCAAGAUCGGGAUUACAGCCUUCCUUCGGAGUGCGAUUCCACUAAUCCCACUUCUGAUCCGCCUGGCUUUCUUCCCCUUCUGCCACUCCCAUGUCCUUUCCCAUUCCUACUGUCUGCACCAGGACAUGAUCCGCCUUGCCUGUGCUGACACUAGGUUUAAUGUCAUAUACGGGAUGGUUGUGAUAACUAUGCUAUGGGGCGUGGACUCUCUGGGCAUUUUAGUAACGUAUGUUUUCAUCCUUCACUCAGUGUUAAGAAUCGCAUCCAGCGAGGGGAGGCUUAAGGCACUUAACACAUGUGCGUCCCACGUCUGUGCUGUUCUCAUUCUCUAUGUGCCUAUGAUAGGGGUAUCUAUUGUCCACCGUUUUGCUAAGCAUUCCUCUCCGUUUGUUCACAUCUUCAUGGCCCAUGUCUACUUAAUAAUUCCACCAGUGCUUAACCCAAUCAUCUACAGUGUGAAGACCAAGCAGAUCCGCCAAGGGAUCCUCCAACUUAUUUGUCCUAACAAAACCAGCUCUAGCACAAUGUAG